AUGACUUCAUCUGUGACAUCAAAACCUUCUGGAACAUCAAGUCGAAUCUUAUUGGAUAUUCUCUGUAAAGUCUGCGAAGACCACUCCUCUGGAAAGCACUAUGGAGUCUUUGCUUGUGACGGAUGUGCAGGAUUUUUCAAGCGGUCUAUUCGAAGAAAUAGACAAUAUGUGUGUAAAGCACGUGGUGCGGGCACUAAUAACUGUCCAGUUGACAAAACUCACAGAAAUCAGUGUAGAGCUUGUAGACUUCGCAGAUGUCUGGAAGCUGGGAUGAAUAAAGAUGCUGUUCAACAUGAACGAGGGCCUCGAAACUCUACGAUCCGACGGCAAGUAGCCAUGUAUCUAAAGGAAACAUCUGGCCCGGAUGUGAUGUCCACCCAAGGGUUUAGCAGUAUUCCUGCGUUUACCAGCCUCCUUACGGUGACUUCCGAUGCCUCAGGCCCUGCUGCAAUUACUACAAAAGCCCCAUCUUCGUUUUCUCUUCGAACACCUCCAAUACUACAUCCAGUGCCAAAGUAUCCUCAAAAGCUCAAUUUUGGACAGUCUUUCUUAAAUAACCCAGACGUCGUUUGCGAAUCAGCAGCGAGGAUUCUGUUCAUGAACGUCCGGUGGCUGAAAACGGUUCCUGCGUUCACUAGUCUGCCAUUCAGAGAUCAGUUACUUCUUUUUGAAGAAGGAUGGCGAGAGCUUUUUGUUCUUGAUGCUGCUCAAUUUUUGUUGCCAAUAGAGGUCAGGGCAUUACUAGCUGCAGGAGGACUAAGCAACGAACCGAUAACUUCUGAUAAGAUAAUGAAACUGAUGCCCGAAAUCCGCAGUUUCCAAGAAAUAAUAGUCAAGUUAAAACAUUUACAUGUCGACCCUACAGAGUACACUUGUCUUAAAGCUAUUGUGCUUUUUAAAACAGAUUUUCCAUCAGGAGAAGCCCAACUCCGUGGUUUGCGCGACAUCCAUACAGUGGCGUCCCUUCAGGAUCAAGCACAGAUUACCCUGGGAAAGUACGAGCAAACAACGUACUCAUCGCAGCCUUUUCGCUUCGGCAAGCUUUUACUCACAUUGCCUUCUCUCCGUUCCGUGUCAGCUAAAACUGUAGAGGAUCUGUUCUUCCGGAAAACUAUCGGAAGCAUUCCUCUCGAACGGUUGCUAUGUGAUAUGUAUAAGAGAAGUGACUUUUGA